UAUGUCUGGAAGCCAAAAAUCAAUCUUUCAGAUUGCUGACUUGAAAGGAGAAUCUAAACAAUCCACUGGGCGUGGUAGAGCAUCAAUCAUCUUGCCAAAUCCUGAUAACUUUAAUACUACAGGAAACAAUAAAGAGGAUAAGCGAGACUGGGAGCGGUUAGACGAGCUAAUAAUCACAUUUGGAAGACUCGUUCCUAACAUUAGAGACCCCCUUCCAUAUUCUCGUGAACUAAAUUUCGAAGGACGUAUGUUAAAACUAGACCUAUCUGAGAUCAAGUUUGGCAAAAAGCGAGAACAUGUCAACAAGUUGUGCAAUUUCUUGGGAGGCUGAUGCAAGCUACAAGAGCUCAGGUUAAACAAUUGUCAUAUAAACCGUGCUAAAUGGUUCAACAAAAUUGUGAAAUCUGUGAAGGAACUUUACUAUUUACAUGUUCUAGAAAUGGAGCAGGAUUGGACUGAAGACCAAGUUACUAUUUUUAUGGGAAACUUUAAGUACCUUCUGAUGAACUUUAAGAAGAUCAUCAGUGUCCAUAAGUUCAAAUUUCUGAAGGAAGAAUAUCAGCAGGAGUACAGUGAAGAAUUAAUGGAUUUGAAGGAUGAACUUCACCUGAACAAGGACAUUGUGAUUACUUAUAAAGGAAAUGAGCUGCUUAACUGAACUAAGGUGAGCGUCAAGCACUCCAAAGUCUGCAUGAGGAUGUUCAAGAUCAUUUCCUUUAACAUUAUCAUCACUGAUAAAGACUGGGAGAGCCUCAUCGAAGUACUCUCAUGAAAAGACAAUAAAGUAUUUGGCCUAGAUUUCUCAAAGCCUGAUCUGAAGAUCUAUUUCAGGAGGUUCCUUGAGGUUAUGAGGAAGGAUUAUCUAUACCUAUACAUUGACUUGAUCAAUUUUGGAAAGGUGAGUAUUAGCACGAGGAAAUUGAUCAAGCUAGCCAAUUUCUUAUUGAUUUAUUACUCUGAUUGUGACAAUCCAAUGCCAUCGAGCAUGUAUCAAUAUGUACUGAAAUGAAAUGAUAACUAUCAGACAUCAAGAAUUCUUUCUCUCAAGAAGCAGCAGAUUCGAAAAAGUAUGAAAACGGAAGAAGAUGAGGCAAAGGUUGAAGGAGCCAAGACUGUAAAUACUAGUGACACUAACCAUACUAACUCAAGGAAGGCUCAUCGACCCGAUAAAAAUUUAGGUCAGACUCAACCCUUCAUAGAUCUUGAGAACCAAGAUCCUGAGGAGGAAGAGGAGCAGCGUGUGUUACGAAUUCAGAUGAAAUUGAGACGGAACCUGACUGAGUUUGAUUACAAGAUUCUGUAUGCAAUCCACGAACAAUGCUCAGUGAAGAUGGAUAUUGACAUCAUUGAGGGUCAUUUUAAGGAACCCGAGCUGUUCAACCCUAAUAUUCUGCUCUCAGAAAUCAGAGGAGUGGUCAGAGCUAUGGAUUACUAUAUGGAGCCUGAGGACCAGCGUUUCAUCAAUUUUAGACUCAUGAUCCUGUUUGCAUACAUUAACUUCUUUACAAUCUUAUUUGUCUGUAUCACGAUUCCUCCAACUUUCAAGGAUGCUUGAGGUCAAGGCAUUAAAUGGAAUGCUCAUUACAUAAUGUGGGUACUACUCUUCAUAAGUAUUCUUGCUGAAAUCUUUCUUUUCUACUGGGCUAUUCCUAAAGAUAUCCUGUUGAAGAUUCUCAAAGAAGCUAUUGGGGAUCAGAAAGAAACUGCUAAUUCAAAGAUUACUACCUUUUUAUAGCCAUCGUUAUUAAUUCAUGGUUCUUUGUUUCUGGAGUAAUCGCAAAAGCCGAUUUAUAUACUGAUGUCGCAUUCGCACUAGAAGCUAGAGAUUGAGGAUACCCUAAGAUUGCAUUGCUAAGCUUUUUCUUUUUUGGGGUGUCAAUUUCGUACAAUAUAUAUUCCUUCGUAAAGCUAUUUUUCUACAUUCAUAGCAAGAAUUCAGCGUAUCCUGUUUCAGAGCAGACUGCAAGACUCUUACUUUGAGGAGAGUUUAGAUGUUUAGCAUUAGUAAUGGAGAGAUUCUCACUGACCUAUUACACAAAAUUCUUUGGUAUUUAAGGUACAUAUCCCAAAAUUAUUAGCCUUCCUGAAAUGCUUUACCGAGGAUUUACCACAAUUCUGGAUCCAGCUAUAUUACAUCAUCAGUGAGGAGGGGACUAAAUCGGUCACAGUCUACGUCUCGAUCUUUUUCAGCUCAUGUUCGCUUGUAAUCUCUUUCAUUGCUUUCUUGAUAGCUACUACAAGUAUCUUAUCUAACGAGAAGCUGGAAUAUAUCAAGAACCAAGGAAUUGUGAGGAACAUUCAUGUUGAAGACCCUAACAAGAGUAAUGAAAGCAAGGACCCCCAAACAAAGAGGAAUAAGGAAAAGCAAGAGAUACAGGAAACACAGAAUCGAAUUUCAAAAAUUGAAAAUAUGCCUACUGACAAUAAAACCCAAAGGAUGAAGAGAGCCAAGCUCUGGUUCAAAGCUUUGGUCGAGCUAGAAGAGAAGAAUGAGGAAGAGGAGUAUUCCAUGCCAAGUAUGAGCGACAGCUUGAAGUCCAUACAGGAAGAACUCCAUGAAGCCAGUGAGUCUUGGGAUAUGACUCUCAAUAUGUCGAGGAAGUGACAGACUAAGUUUGCACAUACUCCUAGUUUUUGGAAGAAGAGGAAAGGCAAUAAGGAUAAGAAGAAAGAAGAACAAAAAUUAAACCAAAGUGCUAAAUUUGCUAUAAAAGCGUUGUCAGAGACUAAAGAUACAAAGGAAGCAUCUAAAAAUCAACUAAAAUCAGCUCCUUCACAAGCAGAAAGUCAGAAAUCAAAUCCUCCAGAGAGGAAACCGAGAGAUGCGAAUAAGACUUGGUUCGGUCGUCUAAAGAAUGGCAUGAAGCGUUCGAAUGAAGUAAAGCCUGAAGAAAUUAAAACGAAACAACCUGAAGAUCCAAACCUGGCUAGUAAUGGAAUUGACACUCUUGGUAGGAUGGAAGAGUCUAAAUUUAAGAAUUCAGAUGCAGUCUCUGGGAUAAACAUGCUACCUACACAAGAAAACUUUUAUAAUUCCAAAAGAAACGAAGUUCGGAUUUCUUUCGACUUUAAAACAUAUGAAAGAAUGAAUACUCAUGAGAAACAAAAUGACUUACCAGGGGCUAUCAACGAUACUAUCCAGAGUAGUGACUCAUUAUUUAAGAGAGAAACCCCUACACAUCGUGAUGAGGCUGAAGAAAAGGAGGAGAGAUCAGCUAGUCCUCCUAAGGAUGCUAACAGUUAA